UCCUCCUCAAGGCCCCCAUCCCAAUUUCUGCUGGGAAUUCGGAUCCUACUCUGCCCGGCCCCGGGAGCGCAGAGGCGGCGGGGACCGGACGAGUCACCAGGUUUCAAGAUGCUGCGAGUACCUAGGACCAAACUGGGCAGGCUGGGCCUCAGCCUCUCCAGGCUUCACUAUAAGGCGGUGAUGGCAUUGAGGCGGGAGGAUGUGAACGCCUGGGAGAGGCGGGCUCCCCUGGCUCCCCGGCACAUCAAAGGGAUCACCAAUCUGGGGUACAAGGUCUUAAUACAGCCUUCCAAUCGGCGGGCCAUUCACGAUAAGGAAUAUGUCAAAGCUGGUGGCAUUCUUCAGGAGGAUAUUUCUGAAGCUUGUUUAAUUUUGGGAGUUAAAAGACCCCCAGAGGAAAAACUAAUGCCUAAGAAGACCUAUGCAUUCUUCUCCCACACCAUAAAGGCUCAGGAGGCCAAUAUGGGUUUGUUGGAUGAGAUCCUAAAACAGGAAAUCCGACUUAUUGAUUAUGAGAAAAUGGUGGAUCAUAGAGGAAUACGGGUAGUGGCGUUUGGACAGUGGGCAGGUGUGGCAGGGAUGAUCAACAUUUUACAUGGAAUGGGUUUAAGGCUCCUUGCUUUGGGACAUCACACACCUUUUAUGCACAUUGGCAUGGCUCAUAACUACAGGAACAGCAGUCAGGCUGUGCAAGCUGUCCGAGACACUGGCUAUGAAAUAUCUCUGGGAUUGAUGCCAAAGUCGAUAGGGCCCUUAACAUUUGUGUUCACAGGGACUGGUAAUGUAUCUAAGGGAGCCCAAGAAAUCUUCAAUGAAUUACCUUGUGAAUACGUGGAGCCGCACGAAUUAAAAGAAGUUUCCCAAAAUGGAGACCUGAGAAAAGUGUACGGGACAGUGUUAAGUCGCCAUCAUCAUCUCGUCAGGAAAACAGAUGGUAUCUAUGAUCCUGUAGAGUAUGACAAAUACCCUGAGCGCUACAUAAGCCGUUUUAAUACUGAUAUUGCACCCUAUACAACUUGUUUAAUUAAUGGAAUCUACUGGGAACAAAACACUCCUCGCCUACUAACCCGCCAAGAUGCUCAGAGUCUCCUGGCUCCAGGCAAGUCCUCAGUUGCUGGUGUUGAAGGCUGCCCUGCACUGCCACACAAACUUGUGGCAAUAUGUGACAUUUCAGCUGACACCGGAGGAUCUAUUGAGUUUAUGACUGAGUGCACGACAAUAGAGCAUCCCUUCUGCAUGUAUGAUGCAGAUCAGCAUAUUAUUCAUGACAGCGUCGAAGGCUCUGGGAUUCUGAUGUGCUCCAUUGACAAUUUGCCGGCACAGCUUCCAAUCGAAUCUACCGAAUACUUUGGAGACAUGCUUUACCCUUAUGUUGAAGAAAUGAUAUUAUCAGACGCGACACAGCCUCUUGAGAGUCAAAAUUUUUCUCCUGUGGUGCGAGAUGCAGUGAUUACAUCCAACGGCACAUUGUCUAAUAAGUAUAAAUAUAUCCAGAAACUCCGGGAGAGCAGGGAACGUGUUCAGUCACUCUCAGCGAGCACCAAGAAAAAGGUCUUGGUUCUUGGAUCUGGUUACGUAUCUGAGCCGGUGUUGGAAUACCUGUCGAGGGACGACAAUAUAGAAAUAACAGUAGGGUCUGACAUGGAGAAUCAAAUCGAACAGUUAGGCAAGAAGUAUAAUAUAAAUCCUGUUAGCCUGUACGUUGGUAAACAAGAAGUGAAGUUGAACUCCUUGGUGGCAACGCAGGAUCUUGUCAUCAGCUUGUUGCCUUAUGUAUUGCAUCCUCUUGUGGCCAAGGCAUGCAUCGCAAGCAAGGUUAACAUGAUCACUGCAAGCUACAUCACCCCGGUGCUAAAAGAAUUAGAAAAGAGUGUGGAAGAUGCUGGCAUCACAGUCAUUGGCGAAUUGGGAUUGGACCCUGGUCUUGAUCAUAUGUUGGCAAUGGAAACGAUAGACAAGGCCAAAGAAGUGGGAGCCACGAUUGAAUCUUAUGUUUCCUACUGCGGUGGCCUUCCAGCCCCUGAACAUUCAGACAAUCCCUUGAGAUACAAAUUUAGCUGGAGUCCAGUGGGAGUUUUGAUGAACAUAAUGCAGCCCGCCACCUACCUGCUCAAUGGAAAGGUUGUGAAUGUGGUCGGGGGUGUCUCCUUUCUGGAUUCGGUUACUCCUAUGGACUAUUUCCCUGGAUUGAAUUUGGAAAGUUAUCCUAACAGAGACAGUACCAAAUAUGCUGAGAUUUAUGGCAUUCCGUCUGCUCAUACUUUAUUACGGGGGACGCUGAGGUACAAGGGAUAUGCCAAAGCCUUGAAUGGAUUUGUAAAAUUGGGUCUUAUAAACAGAGAUGCAUUUCCUGCCCUUCGACCUGAUGCCAAUCCGCUCACCUGGAAAGAACUCCUCUGUGAUCUAGUGGGAAUUUCACCCUCCUCCAAGUGUGAUGUGCUUAAGGAAGCUGUCUUUAAGAAACUAGAAGGAGACAAUACCCAGCUGGAGGCUGUUGAAUGGUUGGGCUUGCUUGGGGAUGAACAAGUCCCUCGGGCAGAGUCUCUCGUGGAUGCACUCUCCAAGCAUUUGGCCAUGAAGCUUUCCUAUGGCCCUGGAGAGAAAGAUAUGAUUGUGAUGAGAGACAACUUUGGAAUCAGACAUCCUUCUGGACAUUUAGAAAAUAAAACUAUUGAUCUUGUGGUUUACGGGGAUGUCAAUGGUUUUUCAGCUAUGGCUAAAACUGUGGGGUUACCCACUGCUAUGGCAGCCAAGAUGUUACUUGAUGGUGAAAUUCAAGCUAAAGGCCUGAUGGGGCCCUUUUCAAAGGAGAUCUAUGGACCAAUACUGGAGCGAAUUAAAGCAGAGGGCAUUAUGUAUACUACACAGAGCACAAUCAAACCGUAAUUGAGAAUUAUAUUUUGUUUUUAUCUUCCCAGCCAACACAGCUCUGAACUUUUAGGCCACAAACAUGCUUGCUAAUGUGAUAUUUUAAAACAUAAAGCAUGAUAUGUUUUGAUUAAGUCAAUACAAUGGUGUUUUUGAAAUAUAAAUCUCUAUUUUAAUAUGAAAACAUUUGGAACAAGAGAUGACAGUAAUUACCAGGGAACUUUAAUAAUUCUAUCAUGUAUUUUUUCAUGUGUAUGUAAAAGUGACAAUGAUUAUACUACUUGUUAAUUUAUUAUGCAACUUUUUUCUUACAAGAAUAUAUUUUCCGAUAAUUAGCAGAUGAAGUUUUAUCUUUUUAGUAAGAAAAAAAUUUCUUCAUGCAGCUUUAUUUUUCUAACGGAUUCAGUUGGAUGCUUUUAGAUCACCAAAGCUUUGCAAUAAUACUAUUUUAUGCCUUUUUGUAAAAUGAUGAUUCAUUUAGAAAGUGA